UUUUUUUUUUUAAUUCUUCUUCCUUUUUCACUUUCUUUUCACUUUUUUUUUUUUAAUAUAUAUAUGAUGAUACCUUCCACUACUUAUAGUACCCCUUCUUUACCAACUCAUGAUUUCCCAAAAAGACCAUUAUCCGCCAAUUUAUCAUCACCACCUCCUACUUCACUAGCUCAAAGAAGGCGUAAUAAUAAAAAUUUAUCCCUUUGUUUAUUACCUUCUGAUAAAAGUGCACCACCAUCCACACCAUUCUUAACCGAAUCUCAACAACGUCGUUUUUAUUACCAACAGGGUCCUACUGCCGUUUUACCGGGUUUAUAUCUAGGCGAUGAACAAAAUGCAAACAAUGUACAACAAUUAAGACAACUGAAUAUUCAUUUUAUGAUCAAUGUCGCUGCUGAAGUCAACCAUCCUCAUCAUGAUCAGUUUCAACCUUGGGAUCAAGUUUUGAACAAUAAUGUGCCUUGUCCAACAUUAUCCAACUCUUCUUCCUCUUCUUCGUCUUGUUCCAUUCAAUCCUCACCUAUGACAACACCCACAAGUAUUCAACAUGAUGAUGAUUUUAGCCAUAUGGGAUAUAAGAAACGAUCAUGGCACCAUCAUAUUCUGGAUGAUGAUACAAUGAUUCAACAAGAACUACAUGCUGCUGUCCUGGAUAUUAUGCGUGUCCGUCAAACCGGUCGUAACGUCUUGGUCCAUUGCCAAUGUGGGUUAGCUCGUUCAGCCACCGUCGUGAUUGCUUAUGUCAUGUAUAUGCUUCAUUAUUCCAUGUCGGAUGCCAUACGUCAUGUUAAGGCCUGUGCACCUCAUAUCAAUCCCAAUCUUUCUUUGAUGUAUCAAUUACGAGAAUAUGAAACUUGGUUAUUAAAUGAUGUCAACUCAAAACAAUCUUCCUCCUUGGCUCUUAAAUGGAAAUCAUUUAAAAUCAAAUCUUCUUCUUUACGACAAACUUCUUGGUGGCGAUCUUCUUCUACGGUACCAUCAAAAAGACAAAAAUGAGGCGGGUUGUUUUGUAUUGCGUAUGUAGAUGUGUGUAACAAUGAUACCCCCACCUCCGUCUCGCUUUUUUUGGUCAUGC